CUGAAAGCCCCAUUGGCCGACUCGUCGGAGUAUGAUUCCAGUGUUCCACAAAAGUCAGAAACAUUACGCCGGCCUCAGCUUGAAACUUCCGGGAGCGAGGCAUGCAAAUUUUGAUUAUCUCUACCUUCAUCGAUGAUAACGUGAGUAUCGAAUUUUGAUCUAGCUCGUCACAAGGCGUUUGCGCGGAGGUGGACUCCACUGCCAAGGCGCUGUAUACGAAAUUGCACUCGCCGAUCAGUACACGGUUAGCGGAGUUCCAAGCACUGAGUGCUCCAAAAUUUGAAGUGGUCUUAUCGUUCACUUCACACGAAGCAGGUCCAGUAAGUGGAGGCCAAGUAUAAUAGCCAAGCAAGCCAAGGCCAAGUCUGUGACAUAGUACGUGACAGUAAGUCACAUUGUCUCUUGGAACUUGUUCAUGAUGCCGUCCACAUGGCAAGAAUGGCUUGCCCUCUUCUUCACUAUUAUCUUCCAGCUCUGUUCCGUCAUGGCCCAAAACGAUAGCAGUGGCUAUGACCAUGACCCUAUUCUACAGUAUAGACCCGCCUUCGUCGAGUCCUUACCAGUCCAGAUCCUCCUGUCAGGCGUGGUCCUCACGCUUGUCGUCGUUCUGCUUCUUCACCUGCUUUUUACCGCUCAGUAUCACUGGCCUCUAGCUCGUGUCAAUUAUAUGCUACAGCUUACCGGAGUGGUAACUUUGCUUGCUUCCGUCACCGCUACUAUCUAUGUCAUAUUCUCCUCCAACGUAGAGGAGAGCCAGCACUGGCCGUACAUGUUGAGCUAUCUGGCUGUGGACAUGCCAAAUCACGGCGUCAAUAUAACGGGAAACAGCAAUGAUCCUACUGUGGUAUAUGCACACCGAUGGUCACUUGCCGAGAGUGCUACGUGGACCGUAAUGAAUGCGACUACAUCUAUGGUCAUACAGGUUACCCACAUUCAUUUUCUGACCUUGCUGUUUCCCUCAAACCUGGAGGCAAGACUCAUUUUUGGCCUGCUUGGUCCAUUGGCAAUCAUAUCCGCUGUGAUGCAACUGCUCCCGAUCUUCUACGAUAUGACCCCACUGCCACUCGCGGAGGACACCCGGAACGUGUGCAAUGCAGCUUUGUCGUUGCUGUUCACUUCUGCACUAAUAAUCUGGGGCUUCUUUGUUAACCGGGAGGCGGCAUGGCGCACCGAUGGCGGGACGUCAGCCUUCGGUGCUGGCGCAAUUGUUCUCGCUCUCAUGUCGACCACGCUCAAUUUCAUCUACAUACCGAGUCAAGACCAAUAUGGAUGGAUGCCAAAACUUAUGUGGAGCGUGGUCAUGUGGCAAAGUUUCCUUGGGUGGUGGUGGUGGGUUGGUUCUGGGAUGGGCGUCGGCGAGCUAGAAGAGAUGCUGAUGAAGGAGGAGAAACGUGAAAGAAAGAGGAAACUGAGAGCACAGAGGAGGAAGGAGCAACGGGAGAAGGCCAAGACCAUGUGGAAGGGUGUCACCGGUGCAUUUACAACGAAGCGCGACCAAAUCGAGAGCCGAGAUUCCGGCGAGGGGCACGAAGUACUUGACAAUUCUGAACCGCUGAAGGUUCUCGCUUCUGGCAAUGCCCUGCCGACUGCAGGUUCAGUGACAAGUGGAUCGUCAAGGGGCAUGCUACCUCUACAAUUUGUAAACAGAUGGUACGCACGCUUGCGCCAUGCACAUCUUACCGCAGCGAGAAUACAAGCUGUCGAGCGCGUGGAGCGCAUACAUCAAGUGUUCGGCCGUGAAGAGACCCGAAAUGCGAUGCGGGAACCUGGUGCCCAAGUUAUCGGAUGGGGACUAGGUAGCUAUGGACUACGGGGCGUAGAGCGGGAUCGGAGGGAAGGACAAGAGCUACAGAUUAGGAUUGAAGAGGACGAUGACAGAAGUGAUCCAGGCAGAAUCGCAGAACCAGAAUUACUGCCGCAGGACCAGUUCUUUCGGCGGCGUGGCUAUCAACCUGAACUUCAGCCCCCGCAACAUGUUCCACUUGCGCCAGAGACGGACCUUGGACUUGGGUGGACAUCAUUCUGGUGGUGGGGACCUCUUCGGCGGUGGCGUUUACGGGACUCGACGGCUUACAGGUGA